UUCAAUUUUUUUCCCUUUUUUUUUCAGUCAUUUCUGCCACUGCCUGCGAAGUGGUGAACUUCGCCAUGAGCGCCGGAGCUCUUCUUUACUCUUUCUCCCCAACGCCUCCAAGUCCCUCCGAUUCCUCCAAGAAAUUCUCCCUCUCAGAUCGGAGGCUCAAAUUUCCCUCACGAUUUCACCUCACUGUUCUUCCAGAGGAUCGAUGCUUCGUUUUACAGGUUUCUGCUCCACGACAUUCCGGCGGAAGAGGGAAUUGGAGGCUUUGGACCGAUGUCAAGUCCAAGCCGUACGACGUGUCUAACAAAGCUCCGAAAUCGAUGAAGUUUGAGAGCUCGAUCGGAAAAUCGGUGCUCGAUGACGAAGAAGAAGAGCUCGGCGAUGAACUUCCAUGGUGGAAACAGUUCCCUAAACGAUGGCUUAUCGUCACCUUGUGUUUCUCCGCUUUCCUUCUUUGCAAUAUGGAUAGAGUAAAUAUGAGCAUCGCUAUACUUCCGAUGUCAGCAGAGUAUAAUUGGAAUCCACAAACUGUUGGUUUAAUACAAUCCUCAUUCUUCUGGGGAUAUCUCCUCACUCAGAUUGCUGGUGGGAUAUGGGCAGAUACAGUUGGGGGAAAGCUGGUUCUGGGAUUUGGUGUGAUAUGGUGGUCGGUUGCCACAGCUCUCACACCUGUAGCAGCAAAAAUUGGCCUGCCCUUCUUGCUUGUCGUUCGUGCAUUCAUGGGGAUCGGUGAGGGAGUUGCAAUGCCUGCCAUGAACAAUAUACUCUCCAAAUGGGUUCCUGUAGCAGAAAGAAGCAGAUCAUUAGCACUUGUUUAUAGUGGGAUGUACCUUGGUUCAGUAACAGGCCUUGCCUUCUCACCAUUUUUAAUACAUCAGUUUGGAUGGCCAUCAGUUUUCUUCUCCUUUGGCUCUCUCGGUGCGGUUUGGUUCGCUGUGUGGCUUAAUAAGGCACACAGUUCACCACUUGAUGAUCCUCAACUGAGACCACAAGAAAAGAAGCUGAUUUUUGCAAAUAGUGUUUCCAAGGAACCUGUUAAAACUAUACCUUGGGGACUGAUCUUGUCCAAAGCACCAGUAUGGGCUCUUAUAGUUUCUCAUUUUUGUCACAAUUGGGGGACAUUUAUUCUAUUGACAUGGAUGCCAACAUACUAUCACCAGGUCCUGAAGUUCAAUCUAACAGAAUCUGGCCUUCUUUGUGUUCUUCCGUGGUUAACAAUGGCGUUUUCUGCAAACCUUGGAGGCUGGAUCGCCGACACACUUGUGAGCAGAGGCCUCUCAGUGACUACCGUUCGAAAGAUUAUGCAAAGUAUUGGAUUUCUUGGCCCUGCAUUCUUCUUGACCCAGUUGAGCCAUGUUGAUUCUCCGGCGAUGGCGGUUUUGUGCAUGGCCUGCAGCCAGGGAACUGAUGCAUUCUCUCAAUCCGGUCUAUAUUCGAACCACCAAGAUAUUGCACCACGAUAUUCUGGAGUGUUACUUGGUUUAUCGAACACAGCUGGAGUUCUAGCAGGUGUCUUUGGGACAGCGGCUACAGGUUACAUCUUGCAACACGGUUCAUGGGAUGAUGUUUUCAAGGUUUCAGUUGGGUUGUACUUGGUUGGAACAGUGGUUUGGAAUCUCUUCUCAACGGGUGAGAAAAUAUUGGACUAACCUUCUAGAUGAAUCUUUUGACCUUCUUUCACUACACAAACCCCUGCCCUCAUUUCCCAACUAAUUCUUGGAAAAAUUGCUGCUCACAAACAUUGGAAAGAUCUUGCUAGAAAGCAAAGCCCACUGUAUAGUAGAUUCUCUUGGAGGGUUUUUGAUCCUUGGAAAAAAAAGAGAUUUUUUUUUCACCCCUACUGGUUACCACAUUAAAUAUUUUUGGUGAUUUAAGUAAAUAUUUAUAAAUAAAUCAUUUGUCCAGUGUAUAUUUUCACAUUGAUCUCCUAAUAAGUCAGAGGUAAUAAUUUUUAGGUUA